UUUUUUUCAUUUCUUAAUUUUCAUAUUUAAUAAGUUUAAAUAAUAUUUUUUCAUUGAAGGUCCGAAGUGGGCGGAGCUUACGCAAGCGAGAGUUCCCGUUUUCAGUCGUAUUUUCAACCCCCCAGGAAAAUUAUAAAUAUUGGUCCUAGAGUUCGGGGAGGCCGGACUUUUUGUUAAGAAAUUUCUUCCUCUUUUUGGAUCUUUUUUCAAAUUUCAAAAAAUUUGAAUACUUUUUGAGAUAUUCGCAAAAAAAAAAAACCCUUUUUUUUUACUAAAUUGUUUAUAACUUUUGUAAUUUUUGCAAGCCCCACUCCAAAUUUUUCAAAAAGUUUUUAGAUGCGAUGGCGAAUCGAAUGACACCUCGAUCAUAAUUUUCCGAGGUGAAUAAAAAACUUUGACCCAAAAGGCACAUGUUGACUAGACUAAUACUAAGUUACUGUUCACUCGAGAGACAGGAGGGACAGCAAGAUCGUGGAAUUUAUAGAAGGAAUAAGCACGUGUCACGACGAAAGUGGCCAGAACGUAGGAUGUCAAUGAUAUCAUUGGGAUAGGACUGUCAGUACAUAUCCAUCACUCGCGUGAGCAGCAUCAGACUGAACCGGUUUAUGCUCAAAUUUAUACUCCAAUCUCGAAGAUAAUCGAAAAGAAGUCUCUACAUUAAAAUUAUCACCAGUUCAUCUGAGGAUUCAGCAACGUCUUAUACGCGGUCACGAGUAGUCUGAGUCAUCAUUUCACCCGCCACGUUCGCAACAAGAUACUGUUAAAAACAACGAAAUGGAAAGUAAUAACCAACCUGGACAAAUAACAAAGUCUAGCCCAGAUGAAUGUAUUUUCGUUACUGAUCGUGAAUCACAGAUAACGUAUUUAAUCAACCCCUGUUAUAGUGGCAGUUUUUUUCCUCGAUCACUGCUACCAAAGCGAUUAGGACCUAACACUGAAACUAUUACCUUAUCUCUUGAUCUGGGUUUCGAACGUAAAUUUCUCUGGGAGUUCAGGGUCACCGACGUCGAUCAACCAACUCUUGAUACUGAUUUUAUUGCUCACUACGGACUCUUUGUCAAUCAGAAAAAUCUCAAGCUUGAAGAUCCAACAGCUAAUUCAUCCAGUGAUCAACAAGUAGAGGAGUCAAAUGAGCAACCGAGUCAACAAACUACUUCUGAAGUGGAUGAUAAUCAUGUACAUAUUUUUGACCAGACUUCAAAUAACCAACCUGACCAAAUAACAAACUCUAGCCCAGAUGAAUGUAUUUUCGUUACUGAUCGUGAAUCACAGAUAACGUAUUUAAUCAACCGCUGUUAUAGUGCAGUUUUUUUCCUCGAUCACUGCUACCAAAGCGUUUAGGACCUAACACUGAAACUUUUACCUUAACUCUUGAUCUGGGUUUUGAACGUAAAUUUCUCUGGGAGUUCGGGGUGACCGACGUCGAUCAACCAACUCUUGAUACUGAUUUUAUUGCUCACUACGGACUCUUUGUCAAUCAGAAAAAUCUCAAGCUCGAAGAUCCAACAGCUAAUUCAUCCAGUGAUCAACAAGUGGAGGAGUCAAAUGAGCAACCGAGUCAACAAACUACUUCUGAAGUGGAUGAUAAUCGUGUACAUAUUAUUCACCAGACUUCAAAUAUGCACUACUUAGCUGAUCUUGGUACUCAAGUUUCCGUGAUCCCUCGAUCUCAAUUACCGCAUCGGGAAUUAAUUCGUGAUCCAAACCGCACUGGUCGAUCGUUAAGUAACAGCGAGAUUUCCACUUAUGGAACCUACGAAAUAGCACUAAAUUGUGGCCCAAAAUUCAUUAAUGAAAUUCUUACGUAUCAUGCUUUUUUGUAUAAUUAAAAAAAAAUAAUUUUUUUACAUUUUUCAAAAUUUUUCCAACCAUGUAAUUUUCAAUCAUUUAUUUAAACAAAAAAAUUCACAGAAUUUACAUUAUUUUGUAUCGUCCAAUUUUAAUAAAUAAAA